AUGUCCAUGAAAAAGCUACAAUCUGAAAUCGAUAGAUUAUUAAAGAAAGUUGCUGAAGGAGUUGAAACGUUUGAGAUGAUAUUUGAUAAAAUUCAGUCUGCAAGUAAUUCCAAUCAAAAGGAUAAAUACGAGCAAGAUUUGAAAAAGGAAAUUAAAAAAUUACAAAGACUUAGAGACCAAAUAAAGACUUGGUUAGCGAAUAAUGACAUUAAGGAUAAACGAGCACUUUUGGAAAAUCGAAAAUUGAUUGAAUCACAGAUGGAGCAAUUCAAACAAAUAGAAAGGGAGAUGAAAACAAAAGCUUAUUCAAAAGAAGGAUUACUUCAAAAGGAACGAUUAGAUCCUAAGGAUAAAGAAAAAGCGGACGUAUGUGAAUUUAUUACUAACGCUGUUGAUGAACUAUCAAGACAAAUUGAGACUAUUGAAUUUGAAAUUGAACAAUUAGAAAGCAGUAGUUCUAAACGUAGUAAUAAAAAAGCUGACCAUCAACGUGCUGAACGUUUAAGUGAAUUAGAGCAUCACAUUGAGCGUAAUAAAUAUCAUAUUAAUCGAUUGGAAUUGAUUUUGAGAUUGCUAGAAAAUGAUCAUCUUGAACCAGAACGUAUUAAUGAAUUAAAAGAUACGAUUCAAUAUUAUGUUGACUGUAAUCAGGAACCUGAUUUUGAAGAGGAUGAAGGUUUAUAUGAUGAUUUAGAUUUAGAAAAAGAAGAAGAAUUAUAUAUUAUUAGAACAGAUGAGUUUCAUGGUAAAAAUGAUUCGGAUAAUGAACAACAAGAGGAUCAAAGAAAUGAACAGUCUUCUUCGAUAUCGACGCCUAUUCCAAGCCCCAGAAAAGCAAGUGCUAAAUCAAGUCCUAAAUCAGUACAUCAAGAAGACGAGUCAAAUGCUAUUAAGAUUACACCCAUUAAGAAGCAAGAAAUUACUUCUACACCUUCCUUGAAAUAUGCACAAGCAGUAGUAUCAUCGCCAAAUAAUACUGUUAAUAACGAAACAAAGGAUAGCAAAGAUGAUUCAAAGCCCAAUAUUGUGUCAGCUUGGAAUGAACCUCCCAAGAUUAUUGAGCAGCAUACUAACAAAUCAGCCAUAACCGAAAAGAAGGAAGACAGUACUGACAGCAAUAGCAAUAUAAAUAACUUUAACUUACCUAAUUCACUUGCUGAUUUGGCUGCCUCAUUUGAAUCUAUAAAGAGCAAUCAUAAAAAUGAUAUUCAAUAUACAAAUAAAAUGUUAAGCGCUAGUUUACAACAUGUGCCUGACUUGAUUGAUUCAGAAAGACCAAAGAUAUAUCAACCUCGUAACCCAUAUAAUACACCUAAUUAUUAUCCACAACAGCCUUUACUUAUAUUCGAUAAUCCAGUUUUGUUUGAUAAGUUUGAUAUGGAUACGCUUUUCUUUAUUUUCUAUUAUCAGCAAGGAACUUAUCAACAAUAUUUAGCUGCGAAAGAAUUAAAGAAACAAUCCUGGAGAUUUCAUAGAAAGUAUUUAACUUGGUUUCAACGUCAUGAAGAGCCUAAGGUUAUUACAGAAGAUUAUGAACAAGGUACAUAUGUGUAUUUUGACUAUGAGGGUGCUUGGUGUCAACGCAAGAAAACAGAUUUCAGGUUUGAUUAUCGUUUCCUUGAAGAAGCUUAA